CUCCCUCACUCUACUAAGCAUAUCCGUGUUGCAUCCUGACAGACAGGAGCUCAUUUCUUGGCAAAUGGAACUUCUCUAAGCACUACCUACCCCCACCAGCUGUUCUCUUCCUUUCUCUCCUCCAAGAUCCCAUGAUUCUUGUGGGGGGCCGGGCCCCGGUGCCAGGCUGAGACCCGGUCGAGCAACGGUUCCCUGUUGACUCAGCCAACCCGGUGGUUCCUCCUCCCAUUCCCCCACUUUCAAGGGCAUACGAAAGCCUUGUCAAGGCUGAGAAAGUUAAUUCCUGAAGCCUGUGGUCUGCAGGUGUUGGCAGUAAUGCUACCUCCCUUUUUCUACCCCGAGUCAGAUAGAAACAAACAUGGGAAUUGUGUUUUGCUAGCAAUCUUAUCAACAAGGUCUUGUUGUGACCCGUCUAGAAAAUUCACAAGAGACACAGAACUAAAUGUUUUGGUUGGCAGCGAUUAUGUGAAACCUGAUUAUUCUUAGAAUGACCUGAUCCAUAAGAGUCUUAUAUUAUAAAAGAUUGUGUACAGCAACAAUAAAGCCGUCACUUGGGCCAUCAGCCCAGGGGACCCUCCUGUUCCCAAACGUUCUCCUCUCUCUUUUUUCUUGCAUUCCCCUACCCUCAGGACCCUGACCUCGGUGUUUGUCGCGCCGGUCGCGACAAGUGGCGCCCGAACAGGGACCUGAGACAACAAGGAGGAAAGCGAAAGCGGACCGCGCAGCAUCUAAUUCAGGAUGAGGAAGCGCCGCGCUGGGUCCCGCUUCGGCUCCUCAGAGAUAUUACGGUUGUGCCGAAAAAUGGCCAAAUUGACAGUGACGGAACCCCCCCAAAAGCGACGACGGCGGAGUCAUAAGGCAGGUACACCCACCUGGGGACAGAUAAAGAACCUGGUGACCCAGGCCACUGAUGUACUGAUGGCCUCAGGUAGAGAGGUAACGGCCACACAUGUCUUCUUGACAUGCCUGUGCAUUCUCACUACAGCCGGGGAGUCUGCCCUCUAUUGGGCAUACAUGGUAGGUCCUCCUACAGUACAACCUGUAACAUGGAGAGACCCCACACCCAAAGUAUACACCAACCUCACCUUUAUGGGAGGGGAAGACGCAGGGUUUUUGCCCACUGUGUCGGCCUCUAUAAAUUGGACGGCGCUCUCUGCAGGAGUACCCAUCUGCCUGCAAAGGGAGUCUACGCCGUACAAACUUGCUUAUGGGUGUUUGGGUACGAAACCAGUAGGGCGAUCUAUUACUUAUACUAUGUGGCAAAAUGGCGAGCAUAAUUCUGAAUGGGUGGCCCGCUCCGUUGCCGCUUAUUGACAAAAGAGAGAAUUAUUAGGAGAAUGGAUGUUUUUUGGACAGCGUGAUCCCCCUCAGAAUCUUCCUAUAUGUCCCUCAGCUGGUCAAGGCCUUACUGGGGACUCACCUUGGGGUAAAUGUGCCCAAUCCUCUUCAUUGAGGAUGACUCCUAAAGGCAUUAACUAUACCAUUACAGAUUAUUCCCGAAAGGUCUGGCAUUCAUUCCUUCAAGAAACACCUAUGGCUAUUUUGGAAGUGCAAAGGGAAACAAGGAGACCUUUAGUGGCUCCUUUAAGAGAUAUGGGUCCACCUCCUAAUGAGGUACAGGUACACCACAAGAUUAUCCCACAAACCAUUUUGCAAUUCCCUGAAGGAAGAAUUCAUUCUGAUCUUUGGAAGUUAUAUGCUACCUUUGAUAAAAUAUAUACUAAUGACAGCUUUAGUUUUCCAGAAUAUUAUGUUUCUCCAGUUCUGCAAUUGCGUGCCUGUGUUCCUCCACCCUACUAUCUGAUUGUUGGAGAUGGGACCAUUACUCCAGUGAAAGAAGAUGGUCAUCAGUUAUACCGGCUGACGUGUCCUGCUUGUCUUUUGACCAAUUGUCUACCAAUAGAUGGGCCCUCUAGAAGUGAAAUGAAGGUUUAUCUGGUCUUACAACCUCCCUAUUGGAUGUUGCCAGUAAAUGUUACAGGACCUUGGUAUCCUAAUUAUGGGAUGCAAUUGGCCUUAGAAAUCAGUAAACGGCUGCGCAGGACCAGACGGUUUCUUGGACUCUUGAUUGCUGGACUUAUAGCAGCAGUGACUGUAAUUGCCUCUGCAACUGUAUCUGUAAUAUCCUUACAUGAAAGUGCCCAAACAGCAUCCCAUGUAAAUGAAUUGGCUUAUAAUGCAUCCAAGGUGUUUGCCACUCAAGAACGAAUAGACCGUAAAUUGGAAGCCCAAUUAGAGGCACUACAAGAAGCAUUAAUGUAUCUUGGUGAUCAGUUUGCUGUUUUGCAUACCAGACUUUCUUUAAUUUGUCAUGAUGCAUAUAAGCAUAUCUGUGUUACCCCUUUAGAGUAUACCAAUGUGACAUGGGGACAAGUGCGUCGUCAUUUACAAGGGGUUUGGCAUGAUGCUAACACUAGCUUAGACCUCUCACAGCUACAAGAAGAGAUAAAUGCUGUUGCAAGUAGCUCACUCAGUUUUCCUGACCCUGGAGAUCUCGCUGAAACCAUACUGCACCAACUUAAUGGGUUUAAUCCAUUCAAUAUUCUUCAGCAUUCCUUUUGGAUCUUUAUUGGAAUUGUUUCUGUAAUAUCUGUUAUACUUGUCUUGCUGUGUUAUUUCUGGAGAUGGGGUCUUACUGCCUUUACCACAUACCAGGCCAGGAUGCACAUGUUGCAAUUACAAACAAUAGGGGGACAUGUGGGGGGCCGGGCCCCGGUGCCAGGCUGAGACCGGGUCGAGCAACGGCUCCCUGUUGACUCAGCCAACCCGGUGGUUCCCCCUCCCGUUCAUGUGGGAGGCCGGGCCCCGGUGCUAGGCUGAGACCCGGUCGAGCAACGGUUCCCUGUUGACUCAGCCAACCCGGUGGUUCCUCCUCCCAUUCCCCCACUUUCAAGGGCAUACGAAAGCCUUGUCAAGGCUGAGAAAGUUAAUUCCUGAAGCCUGUGGUCUGCAGGUGUUGGCAGUAAUGCUACCUCCCUUUUUCUACCCCGAGUCAGAUAGAAACAAACAUGGGAAUUGUGUUUUGCUAGCAAUCUUAUCAACAAGGUCUUGUUGUGACCCGUCUAGAAAAUUCACAAGAAACACAGAACUAAAUGUUUUGGUUGGCAGCGAUUAUGUGAAACCUGAUUAUUCUUAGAAUGACCUGAUCCAUAAGAGUCUUAUAUUAUAAAAGAUUGUGUACAGCAACAAUAAAGCCGUCACUUGGGCCAUCAGCCCAGGGGACCCUCCUGUUCCCAAACUUUCUCUUCUCUCUUUUUUUCUUACAUUCCCCUACCCU